AUGGAUCCUCCUGGUUUAGCAGAGGGACCAUGCAUAGGUUGCAGCACCAUAACGGACCGUCUCGUCGCCUCAGAUCGAGUCUUCCACAAUCUCCACAAUGAAAGAAUGCGCGACAAAGACCACAAACUUCGAGAAAGCGAAAAAAAGAUCCGCGAUCUAGAAGCUCGGGUUGAAACUAUGAAGCAAGAAGCAAUUCUCAUGAAGCCAUUCCUGAAAAUAGGCAUACAGUUACGAACUCAAAAAGUCUCGACGGAGAAGUCAAAGAUGGGUUCGACGACAAAUAUAAAAAUCGCAGAAUCAGGGGAGGAAUUACUCAAUGUUGGUAAUGCCAUAGCAGACGCACUUUUGUAUCAAGAUAUCGCUGGGGAGUACAGACGGACAGAUGUCGAGGUUUAUAAACGUAUGUACGCUGGAUUUCACCCUGAUUUCAUCCUGGCCAGUAAAGACUGCACUCGCUUUCUCAAUAUACUCAGCUGGCGUCGUACUAUGGCUUUCUUCUACGAGCAAUCGUAUUACGAGAAGGAGAAGUUUCAGUACACGGUUUUCGCACGUCAGAGUUUGAAAAUGAAGGUUAAGCAGAGAAGAUGGUCUGGAGAGGAGUUUGAGACAUACUUCAGAACUGAUAGGGAAGGAGAAUUCGCAUAUCGAGAUAUGAAGGAUGAAUAUGAGGUCGAGUUGGAAAAAUAUCGUGAUUUCGUAAGGAGAGGUAGCAAGAAGAAUCUUUGUGGGUUCGUCGCGAAGCUUUGGUCCAAAUGA